AUGAAAGCUCCCAAGCUCAGUGGUCACUUAAUACAUUUAUUACAGCACCGUUCACCUGAUUCUCCACUUGCGCGAUACUCUUUACAAAAGUUAUCUUCUGAAAACAAAUGGGACUUGAAGAACAAUUUUUCAACGUUCCGAUUCCACCUCUUCUAUUUUGUUGAGAUCCUCCUAGCUGGAAUUGAUAUCAAUGAUGUGUCCAAGGCGAACAUCUCAAUUCAUAAUCUAACCCUAAUAUUCUACGUUAUGCCCAUACUCGACUAUUCGGAAUGCGUGAAGCACCAUGAGGAUCUCACACCCGACGAGAAAUCGCUGUGCUUGUUAUCAGCCAGACUACCUUUAUUGGCCGAGUUAGCACUGGAUCGAAUGCUGGGAAUCAUCCAAUGCUUAGCUAUCACGGCUCCUAAAGAUUCCUCGUCAGCAUUAGGAAACUUCAAG